AUGGCUCACCGACGGGCUAUGACUCCCAAUACUCAGCAUGUCAACUACAAGGCAGUCGCAUGGUUCGGUGAAGCAGUUCUCCACGAGCACAAGUUCGUGCAUCAGGAUAGAUGGUGGCAGAAGAAGGACGGUCGCCCGGGCCGCCAGGAGUGCAUCGCCAAGAUUGGUAGCGGCCUUCUUGAAUGCUACAAGCCCCUGCCGAUUCCCCUCACCUAUGACCUUGACGCCAUGAAGAUGCGCGUUAUCGGCAACCUGGAUUCGUGCAAUGGCCCGAAUUGCCAGAGCAAGCAGACCUGCCCCCCUAGCGAGUACACCGAGACUUGCCUUGUCUGGUCCAACUACCAGGCUCCCUCUAAGAGCAAGAAGCAUCACUACCCUGCGUACGAGGGCGUCGGUGCUGACCUCGGUGAGGCCAACGCUCCCUAA